CACAGAACUCACACCAUUCUGUUUCAUUCUCUGUUUGGACAGUAAGCUCACCUCCCCUCUCUCUCCUCACGCUACUGCAGGGUGGGAGAUGCAACAAUGGCCUUGAGAACAGCAGGAAGUGUGUUGGUGGUCUUUCUCUGGUCUGUAGCAGUGGUACUGGGUCAGAAUGGCUGGAGUGUUACAUACACCACUCAGAGUAUCUGUACCUUGAAGGGGUCAACAGUGGAGAUGUCCUGCUCUUACACAUAUCCCAGUGGUUAUAUCGUCACAUCAACCUUCUGGUUCAUAACAAAUAAUGCUGAGGGGAAUCCUGUUAGUCUGAGUGGUGACCCAGACUACAAAGGUCGUGUGAUGUACCAUAGAGAUAAGAAGAAUGGCCACACCCUGACAAUCACAGACCUGAGAGAGAGUGACUCAGCUACGUACAAGUUCAGCUUUAUAACAGAUCAGACCAGAUGGAGAUAUCCUGUUAGUCCUGGAGUCACUCUGUCUGUUACAGACCUGCAGGUGAAGGUGACUCCUACAUGGUGGGCAACAUGGAAGACACUGACCUGUAGCACCACCAGCUGUCCUCUGACUGGUAACCCCACCUACAUCUGGUACAAGAACGGACAACAUCUAGAUGAGAGCACCUCCCCCCAGUACAAAUACUCAGUCUAUAAUGACUAUGAUGCCAGUUAUUCCUGUCCUGUAAAAGGCCAUGAGGACCUCCUCUCUCCUGCAGUGUGUGUUCAGGGUCAGAGCUGCAGCAGAGUGAAUUACAUCAAGAGGAGAAUCUGUGUCUUGAAGGGGUCAACAGUGGACAUAUCCUGUACUUAUGUUGAUUAUUAUAACACCACAUCAUCAUUUUGGUUUAGAAGUGAUAAGUCGACCCCUGAAGACCUAACCACAGACCCAGGGUAUGCAGGUCGUGUGGAGUACACUGGAACAUACAGAGGUCCCUUCACCCUGAGAAUCACAGAUCUGAGAGAGGAGGACUCAGCUGAGUAUCGCUUCACUUUUAAAACAUACAGCAUUGAAUGGGGUCAUAGUUUCCCAGGAACAACUCUGACUGUCACAGACCUGCAGGUGAAGGUGACUCCUGGCACAGUGACAGAAGGAUCAUGGGUUACACUGACGUGUAGCACCACCUGUACUCUGACUGAAAUCCCCAACCCCACCUACAUCUGGUACAAGAAUGGAGAAGAGCUAUUUUCUGACUCCUCUCCCCAGUAUCAAUACUCAGUCAGUAGAGGAGGUUCUGACAGCUACUCCUGUGCCUUAAUAAGAGGCCAUGACAAACUCAGCUCUCCUGAAGUCACAGUGGAUACUUCUUCUCUGAGCUGCUUAAAGGUGACCUACACCAGUAGAGGCAUCUGUUCCUUGAUACCAUCAGUGGACCUGCCUUGCACUACCAUAUAUCCCACAGACCUGCAGGUGAAGGUGACUCCUGACACAGAGGCAGGGAAGAGGACACUGACCUGUAGCACCACCUGUACUCUGACUGACAACCCCACCUACAUCUGGUACAAGAACGGACAACAUCUAGAUGAGAGCACCUCCCCCCAGUACAAAGACCCAGUCUCCAGUAACUAUGACGAUAGUUUCUCCUGUGCUGUAAAAGGCCAUGAGGAUCUCCCCUCUCCUGCAGUGUGUGUUCAGGGUCACAACUGCUGGAGGGUGACUUACACCAAGAGGAGAAUCUGUGUCUUGAAGGGCUCCACAGUGGACAUAUCCUCCUCUUACACUCAUCCCACUAGUUAUAUAGAACAAGGUUCAUUCUGGUUUACACAGAAAGACCCUGUAGAUGUCAGGUCAUAUCCAGGGUCUGCAGGUCGUGUGGAGUACAAUAGGAACACAGAGAACCACCACACCAUGACAAUAACACACCUGACAGAGAAGGACUCGGCUGAAUACAAAUUCAGAUUAAUAACAACAGAUAAGGGGAGAUUUUCUGGUCUUCCUGGUGUGAUGUUGACUGUCACAGAUAUCCUGUUGGAGAUGGAUCCUACGUCUGUGUCAGAGGGGGAGAGAGUCACACUGAGAUGUAGAACCCAGUGUACAGUCAGUCUCAACCCCACCUACAUCUGGUACAAGAACGGACAAAGUCUGACCAACCCAAUCACCAGUUAUAACAGCCUGAUCCUAGACCCAGUCACCAGUUAUAACAGCCUGAUCCUAGACCCAGUCACCAGUUAUAACAGCCUGAUCCUAGACCCAGUCAGCAGUGAGGAUUCAGGGAACUACUCCUGUGCUGUAGAAGGCUUAGAGAGAAUCCUCUCUCCAGAAGAGACUCUCACUGUCAGAUAUGGCCCAAAGAACACCUCAGUGUCAGUCAGUCCCUCUGGUGAAAUAGUGGAGGGCAGUUCAGUGACUCUGACCUGCAGCAGUGAUGCCAACCCACCUGUGGACAAAUACACCUGGUACAAGAAGAAUGGAGGUGGCAAUCAGAGUAUGACAGGACCACAGCAUGUCUUCAAUCAAAUCCAGUCAUCUGACACUGGAGAGUACUACUGUGAGGCCCAGAAUGAGAUGGGGACAGACAGGUCUAGGACCAUAAACAUGGAUGUGAAGUAUGCUCCAAGGAACACCUCAGUGUCAGUCAGUCCCUCUGGUGAAAUAGUGGAGGGCAGUUCAGUGACUCUGACCAGCAGCAGUGAUGCCAACCCACCUGUGGACAAAUACACCUGGUUCAAGAAGAAUGUGACCUCACCAAAAGCAUCAGGACAGAGUUACAGCAUCACUAACAUCAUCUCUGAGGACAGAGGAGAAUAUUACUGUGAAGUUGAGAAUAAAUAUGGACGUCUCAUCUCUUCUUCUGUGUCUGUGGACGUUCAGUACGGCCCAAAGAACACCUCAGUGUCAGUCAGUCCCUCUGGUGAAAUAGUGGAGGGCAGUUCAGUGACUCUGACCUGCAGCAGUGAUGCCAACCCACCUGUGGACAAAUACACCUGGUACUUUCAAAAUGAGACUUUAAUAAAUGGAUGUGGACAGAUCUACAACAUCAGUAACUUCAGGUCUGAGGACAGUGGACAUUACCACUGUGAGGCCUGGAAUGGAAGAGGAUCUAGGAACUCUACAGCUCUGAUGAUCAUUUUACCAGGGAAACAAACCUCAGUUCAGACUGCAGCUGUAGGAAUCAUAGUGGUUGUUCUGGUUCUCAUCCUCUGUCUCUCUGGACUCAUGUGCUUCAGGAAGAAGGCCUCCAAAUCCACCUCUGACACAAGAGACACAUCAGAGAAUGUACAGGGAGACUCUAGUCCAGUGUAUGAAAACGUCUCAAGCAUGUCCACAGCCUCUACUGCAGCACAGACAGCAGCCACCGUCGACCAGGAUGAUGUCCACUAUGCCAGCAUCCACUUCUCUCGCUCCAAAAACCAGGAAGUGCCUCUGUACUCCACCGUCCAGUGCAUCAGCCCCAGAAACAGGAUGUCCAGUACGAUGCUGUGAAAUUCAACCUCCCCAGUGCUGCCAACCAACCCACGGCAGCACAAGCAGCUAAGGAGGACUCUUCUGAGAUCUAUAGUAGAGUCAACAAACCCAGAAGACCUGAACACAACAAACCCAGAACCAAGAAGACCUGAACGCAACAAACUCAGAACCAAGAAGACCUGAACACAACAAACCCAGAACCAAGAAGACCUGAACGCAACAAACCCAGAACCAAGAUGACCUGAACGCAACAAACCCAGAAGACCUGAACAAAACAAACCCAGAACCAAGAAGACCUGAACGCAACAAACCCAGAACCAAGAGAACCUGAAC